AUGGCUGAAAACGUAGUCUACGAUAAUCUUUUCUCAGAGGAUCAUACUGAUGUCAGUAAUAAAAAAAGGUUAAGUUUAUUUGUUGAAAGACAGAGAUCACAAGCUGAAGAAUUCGUAACGAUAUCACGGUUUUCGCAAGGUGUGCUAGAUAUAUUUGAAUAUCUUCAAGAAACAUUAUCAACAGCUUUACCUUUACAAGAGGAAAACGAGUUCGAAGAACGAUUUAA